AAAAUAAUUUUUUUUUUUUUAUUGAAAGAAUAAAAACGAGAUCCAGAUUUCAUUCGCUCUAGAUCCACCGAUCCACCUUACAUAUGUAUCACAUUCAUCAUAUGACUUAUAUUAAUAGGAACAAUACAUUUAUUUAAAUUUGCUUAUCGUGUAACUUAUGUACUUGUUGACUAUUAGGAACAUUAUUGAUUUAUAAUCUAAUAUUACUCUUUUCACAGAAGUCAUUAAGUAUUCUAAGUAUCUUAAUAGUUAGUACUUAUAAAAAAAUAGUCUACGCUAAACGGUGGAUUCCUCUUUACACCCACAAGUUUUUUAAAUCAUUUUUCCCGCUCUUCAUUGUGUUUAGUACACUCCCACAAAAUACAAGAAUAAUUUAAAGAAAAAAAGAUACCGGUGGCGCUAUCGUAUAAAAACGAUGGGAAUUAUUUUCACUACAAACUUGGGCAUUUUCCAACCGAUGGUGCCACUAGUACUAAAAAAAAUAUAUAUAUAAUAUUCUUAGGUCCAUGGCCAGGACCAGCCAGGACAAUUCAUAACCUCAAUUUAUAUUUACAAUCUAUUCUUGGGAAAUGUCUAGAAAUAAAUAAUAAUAAUUUUGUUACUUAACUUAAUAAAAAUUAGAGAAACAAUGUGUAAACUGUGAAUAUUAUAUAUUCUACAUAAAACAUACACAUUUUUAAAGAAAUACGUUUGUGUAGACAAAAAAAUAUACUUCCAAGUUUUAUGCUGUUUAAAAACGAUAACAGUACAUAAACAUAAAUUAGUGCACUUUUAAUAAAGUCACAAAAGAAAGUUGUAAUUAUGAAUGAGAACCGUGACUCUGUUGUGAUAGUUAAAGCAAAAUCGUUUCGUAAAAUAUUUAAAGCUCCAGUGAAAGUAAAUAAGAUUCCAGAAGAAGUCUUGAAUGAUCCACUAUUAAAUGCAGCUAUCGCUGCGUUACCUUCUAAUUACAAUUUUGAAAUCCAUAAGUCAAUAUGGAGAAUCAGAGAAACAAAAGCUAAGAGAGUUGCAUUACAAAUGCCUGAAGGACUUUUAAUGUAUGCUACAACUAUAGCCGAUAUUAUAGAAGAUUUUACAGGUGCAGAAACUGUUAUAAUGGCAGAUGUAACUUAUGGAGCAUGUUGUAUAGAUGAUUAUAGCGCAAAAGCAUUGGAUGCAGAUUUUUUAAUUCAUUAUGGCCAUUCUUGUUUAAUACCUAUCGAUCAAACAGUUGGUAUUAAAGUACUUUAUGUGUUUGUUAAUAUAAAAAUUGAUACUUUGCAUUGUAUCGAGUGCUUACAAGCUACGCUACCAGUUACUAGAAAGAUAGCUCUUGUAAGUACCAUUCAAUUUGCUGGCACCCUACAAGCAAUCGCUUUAGAAAUGAGAAAAAAUGGAUAUGAAGUUUCUACUCCGCAAAGUAAACCAUUAAGUCCUGGGGAGAUUUUAGGCUGCACAGCACCACAAGUUCGAUGUGCUGAUGCAAUUAUUUAUGUAGGAGAUGGUCGGUUUCAUUUAGAAGCAGCAAUGAUUGCUAAUCCGACAUUACAAGCGUUUCGAUACGAUCCAUAUGAGAAAAAAUUAACAGAAGAAUUUUACAACCAUGAUAAAAUGUUAAAUAAUAGAUUAACGGCUAUCGAACAUGCAAAAGAGACUGGUAGGUUUGGAUUGAUACUUGGUACUUUGGGAAGACAAGGAAAUCCCAACGUCUUGAAAAAUUUGGAAAACAAAAUUAAAUCGCUAGGAAAGGAAAAUGUUAUUAUAUUAUUGUCAGAAAUAUUCCCAGACAAGAUUAAACUUUUUAAGGGUAUCGAUGCCUUUAUACAGGUUGCAUGUCCACGAUUAAGUAUAGAUUGGGGUACAGCUUUUGAAAAACCAUUUCUUACACCAUAUGAGGGAGCUGUUGCUUUAAAAAUGAUAAACUUUAACACUGAUAAACCAUAUCCUAUGGAUUUCUAUGCUUCUGCCAGCCUUGGACCAUGGACUCCCAAUCAUAAGGAAUCUGAUUUAGAAAAACAGACUGAUACUUGUUGUGGUAAAUGUAAAGAUAAAACAUAACAAUAAAAAAUUGACUUUCAAUGCAA